AUGGCUGAUAUAUUGCAAUUGUUCAAUGAACCUCUGCAUGGAGAUAUGAGCGAUUCUGAUUCGGAUAUUGAUUAUAGUUACGCGAAUCAUGACUUGGCGGCAGGAAAUUUGAAGGUUGACAAAGAAAAUGCCACGGAGAAUUCGAUCAGUCUGGACGGAGAUGACACUUUUACUUUUCGCGGCCAUGAUGACAGUAAGACCCCGUCAGCAGUACAGAAUAGCUCCCUCUUUUCGAUUUACACUGACACUACAACUCCUGUCCGUGGUUCGCCAAUAUCCUCACCGUCUCUCUUGUCAACCGACUUUUCAGACACAUUCGACUCAACCCUAGAUCGGAACCAGUAUUUUGACCGAAGGGGCGUCAUAAAAACAGCAGGAUUUUGUCCUUUGACACCGAUUUCAGAGCGUGGAUCUGAAGAAGGGACGGUUGUAAAAUUGUCUUUAUCUGAAACUCCUCAAUCUCCUCCUCUCUCACUCAUACCUCUACUCCCGCACGCGAAUUUGCUUCAUUCACAUGAUCAACCGCUUUUGACUCGUUCACCUUCACAACGAAUUACUAUUAUUACACCUCUUUUGCUUGACUCGUUAUUGACAAGUAUUUCUCCCCCGAUUGAGACAUAUCCUGGAGUUUAUUUAUCGGAUAAAGUUUGUGGGAAAGCAUGGAUAUUUGAACGGAUUGGAAAGCGCGAUGGUAAAAGUAGAAGCAAGGAAAUCGAAAAUAGCAUUCAAUGUGGAGAACUUAACGAUGCUGAUAAUGUAACAUUAUUCGAUGAUCAAUAUCGAGUUGUGAGGAAGCUUGGUGAAGGUGGAUAUGCUCGAGUUUAUCAAGUGGUUUCUGUGACAAGUCAAAAAACGCCAAACGAACAAACUUACGCUUUAAAGCUCUCAAUACCUUCGACGAAAUGGGAAUUCUAUGUAAUUCAGCAACUUCACAUGCGUCUUUGUCUCCAUUUUCCCUAUUCUCCAUAUCUGGCUUCAUCUUUGAUCUCAUCCCCCAAAACUUACAUAUUUCGUGAUGAGUCUUACCUUUUACUUACAUAUCGUCCUUAUGGGACUCUUCUUGAUCUAGUUAAUGUGUAUACACGCGAAAAUUCUGUUCUUGAUGAACUUCUCACACUCUUCUUCACUUCUUCACUUCUCUCUCUUCUGACCACAAUACAUUCUGUUUCUAUACUUCACAAUGAUAUAAAGCCUGACAACAUUCUUCUUCGUCUUGCACCUAAUACUCCAUUGUCAUCUGACUAUUGUCCGAACCAAAACGGAUGGGAGGAAAGGGGUUUGAUUAUGAUCGAUUUUGGAAGCGCUGUAGAUUUGAAGUUGUUUAACAGAGAGGAAAAGUUUGAGAUGGAAUGGAUGGCUGAUGAGGGUGACUGUACUGAGAUGAGAGAAGGACGUGGUUGUAAAUGGGAACAAGAUUACUGGAGAGUUGCAGGUGUGAUAUAUGUUAUGUUAUUUGGAGCAUAUAUGAAGGUUACUUGUGAGGAGACACAAGGGAGUAAAAAGGGCGGUUAUGGAUGUAAGAAUGCAAGCAGAAAUGAUUGUGAGGACUGCGAGGAUAGCAUCAAACUUGGGGUUUCCAAUAUAGAUUUUAACAACACGGAGGUUGUUGACAAGUCUAUUAUACCUGCACUUUCUGAUUCCAUUUUAACUAAACAUUAUAAGCCAGCUCAGCCCUUUAAACGCUACUGGCAGACCAAUAUUUGGUCACAACUUUUUGAUAUUCUGCUAAAUCCUUUUUUAUAUUCUCAAGAUUGUAAUACUUCAUUGACAUCAGAAUUGAUUGAAUUACGAGAUGAGAUUGAUAAUUACUUGAAAGCAAACUGUGAAAAAAAUGGGAAGAGUCUGAAGGGAUUAUUGAGAAAGUUGGAAUUAGAGUUUGAGAGUAGGUGA